UUUUUUUUUUUUUUUUUUGUCGCGCAAGGUCGGGGGAGGAAGGGAGAGGGGGAGAGGUCGUGGCAGGGAGGUCGGGAUGGGGGACGGGAACGGAGAAAGGAAAGGUCGGGAUCACAUCAGGAGGUCGGGAUGGGAGACGGUUUGGGAUGAUGUCGCGGGAAGGAAGUCGGGGAAGGAAAGGGAGAACGAAGUGGUCGGGAUGAGGUCGGGAUGGGAAAGGAGUUGGGAUAGAGGAGGAGGGAGGAGGAAUCUAGGCAAGGAAGAAGGUCGGGAUGGGAGUUGGGAUAGAGGAGGAGGGAGGAGGAAUCUAGGCAUAGGGCAAGGUCAGGGGAGGAAGGGGAGAGGGGCAGAGGUCGGGACGGGGAGGUCGGGAUGGGAGGUCGAGAUGGGAGGUCGGGACGGGGAGGUGAGGGAGAGGUCGGGAUCAACUCGGGAGGUCGGGAUGGGAGACGGGUUCGGACGAUGUCCGGGGAAGGAAGUCGGGGAAGGAAAGGGAGAAGGAAAAGUCGGGAUAGAGGAGGAGGGAGGAGGAAUCCAGGCAAUGGAGACGACUCGCAACGAUGUCGAGAUCGGGGGAGCAAGGGGAGAGAGGGAGAGGUCGGGACGGGGAGGUCGGGAUGGGAGGUCGGGACUGAGAGGUCGGGAUGGGAGACGCGAACAGAGGAGGGAGAGGUCAGGAUCAGGGAGGGAGAGUUGGGACGAUGUCAGGGAAAGGAAGGAGAGCAGGAGAGAGGUCGAGACGGGAAGGAAGGGAAGGUGGGGAGGGGGGAAGAGGUCGGGAUGGGAUGGGAGUCGGGAUAGAGGAGGAGGGAGGGGCAUGGGAUGGAGGUCAAAACGGGGAGGUGAGGGAGAGGUCGGGAUUAAGUCGGGAGGUCGGGAUGGGAGACGGGUCGGAAAGGGAGAAGGAAAAGGUCGGGAUGAGGUCGGGAUGGGGUGGGAGUCGGGAUAAAGGAGGAGGGAGGAGGAAUCUAGGCAUGGGAGACGACUCGUGACGAUAUGGGGAUCGGGGGAGCCAGGGGAGAGAAGGAGAGGUUACGAGAGAGGUACAGGCGAUGGAGGGAAAGGGAAGGGGGACAAGAUCGGGACGAGAUCUUUGCCGUAUUUUGUCCUUCACUUAUUACAUAUAUCUAUAUCUAUAUCUAUAUAUAUAUAUAUAUAUAUAUACAGGGUUGCCGGCGUUCGGGACGGGCCGAACGCCCAAACCCAAACGCCCGAACGUACGGGACCCCUUCGGAAGGCGUUCGGUCGUUCGGGCCGAACGCGGACCAAAAAAAACAAAACAAAAAAAAAACAAAGUUUUCAAAAAGUUCCGAAAACAAAUUAUGAUGUGGAGA